GCUUCAUUGUUGAAAAGAACCAUCACAGCUGAUGAUCACAUAAUCUUGUGGCUGUGUACAAUGUUCUCGGUUCUACUCCAUUUAGCAUGAGUUCUUAUAAGUCUCUCCAGGCCUCUUUGAACUCAACCUGCUGAUCGUUUCUUAGAGAACAGUAAUAUUCCAUUACAUUCAUGUGCCAUAACUUAAUCAGGUAUUCCCCAGCUGAUGGGCAUCCACUCACAUUCCAGUUUCAUGCCACUAUGAAAAGGUCACCCACAAACAUUUUUGCACUUGUGGGUCCUUUUCCCUCUCUUAUGAUCCCUCUGAGACACAAAUCUAGUAGAGGCACUGCUGGAUCAAAGGUUUGACAGCCCACCAAAGAUUUUUUUUUGGAUGCUUCAUUUAGACAUUGGAGAAAACAUUUUCCUGUGGAAUGCUCUUGGCAGAGAAAUGGUUCUGGUGCAGCAUCUGUUGAGUUGUAUAAGAAAGCUUACAUAGAGAAGAUAAAACUGGAUAAUAGAAUGUAUUAAAAAAUACCUGGGCUUUUUAGAGCAAUAUAGAACAUGGAUAUAACUUGGUAUGGUGGAUAAAGCACCAACUCUGGAGUCAAGAAGACCUGGGCCCCAACUUGGUCUUUGACAAGCAUGUAUUUAAGUUACAGAUGAAAAAUAACACUGAUGAAAUCACCAGUCGAGAUCCAAUAAAUUCAUAGAGAUUUCCAAGCUUUGGACAAAUUUAGACUUGAUGUAUGGAGAAAUUUCCCAAUAAUUAAAAUGAUGAGUGGAAUAGGCAGCCUCACGAACUGCCUCAUGAACAGUGGAUUCUGGAGGCUGAACCCAAGAGUUAGAAUGUAGAGAACAUAUUUAGUUCACAUUCAUUAAUGGGUUGGGCCUUUAAAGCUGCUUCCAGCUCCAAAAUUUUGUAUGCUGGCAGAAAAUCACGGCAAAUAGAGUAAUCUGGUGAUGACAUUCUCAUGCUGAAAGAAAUAACAUGUCAAACCACCCUGAGACAGGACACUUGGGCCUUUGUUAUCAAUGAGGAGAGAACUAAAUGUAGUUAGAUGUACUUCAGUUUAUCCAACAGUUUGGAUGUCAAGUUGUAUAUAAGUAGCAUUUUUGUAAAUCAAUAUUUGAAAAGUCCUAUGGUAUUUUUAGUAAAUACCUUCUAAUUUAUCAGUUUGAAUCUAAUUUUUUACUUCUCAGAAUUACAUUAAUCCCAUUAUCCUUAUGGAUUUUGCAUGGUUUUUAACUACUUUAUUUCUCUGACAAUGUCAUACACCAUCUAGUUUUCAAAAUGAUAAGAAGCAAUACUGAACAACUCACGUAACAGAAGCACCUUAAGAAGAUAACUCUUUUGGGUGACAGAAGAUGGGGCAUAGUAUAGUGGAAAGAGCCCAGGUCUAGAGCUAGAAGAACUGUAACUGUAAUUUGGCUUGUUAUGUUGUGUAUUUGAAAUGCUGUUGGAUGAAUUAAUACAUUUAUUUGUACUUCCAGAUUACAAAGAGAAUAAUGGAUAGCAAGAACUACUGUAAUCUGACUGACAAAUUGCCCAACUUUAGUGACUCUCCCCACGUGCAGCUGACUCGGUCUUUCUACCUGGACCCCGUUGUCACUUUCCACCUCUGUCCAGAAGCCCCUACCCCAUCCCCUUACUCUGAAGACCUGCCAGUGCUCCCUUUUGCAGCCGACCAGCUGAUUGUGGAAAACUUUGGAGAUCCUUGUUCGUUCCCUUUUCAGAUGCCGUAUCCCUCUUAUGGAAGAUGUGAUUACUCCUAUGGUCCAGCAUUCAUCAGGAAAAGAAAUGAAAGGGAGAGACAGAGAGUCAAGUGUGUCAAUGAAGGCUAUGCCCAGCUCCGUCAUCACCUGCCUGAGGAAUAUCUGGAGAAGCGCCUCAGUAAAGUUGAAACCCUCCGAGCCGCCAUCAAGUACAUUAACUACCUGCAGUCUCUGCUUUACAGAGAUGAAGUGGCAGGCAAGAAAAAGCCUGGGAAAGGUCAGGCUAUUGUGGCAACUACUAGUCACCAGAUGGACCCCAUUUUUAAAAUUGUGUAAAUAGGGCCAAAGUCUCAAGAAAUCAUUUCCUAAGGGUACAGUGUUUACAGAAUCAGACCAUGUCUCUUACUGAACUUUAUACUUUUGUUGUUAGGAUCCUAUCAUCAGAAAUAAGCUUAGAGGUCAUUUAGUUCAAUCACCUGUCUGAAUCCUACUUUAUAUAGGAUGCCUGGUAAGGGGUCAUCCAGUCUUAGAUUCUCUCAGUUGAGCCAAUUUUCAUAAUCUCUGAGCUAACCUGGCACUGGGUAGUAGUUGGCUCUGUACAGUUAUGUUUGAAAAUGUGUCUUGAAUUGUACAUGUUUAACCUAGAUUGGAUUAUUGCUGUCUAGGGGAGGGGGGAAAGAGGCAGGGAGGGAAA